AUGCCCGGGUUCACCUGUUGUGUCCCCGGCUGCUACAACAACUCGCACAGGGACCGGGACCUGCGCUUCUACACAUUUCCUAAGGACACCACGCUGAGGGAGCAGUGGCUGAGGAACAUCUCCCGGGCCGGGGUCAGCGGGUGCUUCAGCACCUUCCAGCCCACCACGGGACACCGGGUCUGCAGCGUGCACUUCGCAGGGGGUAGAAAAACCUACAGCGUCCGGGUGCCGUCCCUCUUCCCCCUGCGGGGCGUGAAUGAGCGCCGGAGCCGGCGGGGCAGAGGGAGGAAGGUGUCCUCCUCGGCCCCUGCCCACGCCGGUGUGCCGACCUCCAAGAUCAUCGCCACCAGCGUGCUGGGCAACACGGCCGGGGUGGCCGAGGCCGGUGUCGGCGGCGAGGCGGGCGACGACAACAUCACCGUGGUCCAGAUAGGUCAAAACGGGGAGUACCUGGGCACGGCCCGGCUGCCCCUCCAGUCGGAGGGGACUUGUCACACGGCACCGGGCGGCGUGGUGGAGAUCACGGCGGACGACUCCUCUCCGGAAACCGGGAGCUCCGCGCACCAGGCGGCCGUGCAGUAUGUCAGCGUGACCAGCAGCCCGCUGGACCACUCGUACUCUCUGACCACCGGUACGACUUCGGCCGAGCUGCUGCGGAAACUGAACGAGCAGCGGGACAUCAUUGCGCUCAUGGAGGUGAAGAUGAAGGAGAUGAAGGCCACCAUCCGCCAGCUCCGGGUGGCCGAAGCCAAGCUGCAAGAGGAGGUCCGGGAAAGAGACCGCCUGCUCUACGGCCACUCCAUGUCUCUUAACGUCCGGAAGAAAGUCUGA